UGAAUAAUACGUUGAGCGGACGAGCUGGAUGGCCAAUGGCUGCGGGACGAAGGGGGGACUUCCGUUGUUACUGGCUAGCUUCACCGGCACGAGCGGAGCGGUUGUCCAGCGCGUUCUUAACCAUCCCCGCAUUGAAAAUGCACGCGGAUGCAGUCAAUUUUCCACUAACUUCUCACCUGUCUACACUGGCUAAUAUUCACAAGAUUUACCACACGUUAAACAAACUGAAUUUGACAGAAGACGUUGGCCAAGACGACCAGCAAUCAGGAAAUCUUCGGUCUUGCAGUUGCCCCUCCGAUUGCUGUAGCAAGGGAAUGCCACCCAGGAAAAAGAGGAGACCCACAGUAGCAGAUGACCUGACAGCUAAAAAAAGCAGGCACGAUGGCACCAUGUACAAGAAACAAGACUCAAAUAGGAUGAAGCCUGAAGAGGAAGGGUUCUCCACCAAGCGAUGUUUAGAGUGGUUCUAUGAGUAUGCAGGUAGUGAUGAUGUUAUAGGCCCUGAAGACAUGGAGAAAUUCUGUGAAGACAUUGGAGUUGAACCUGAAAAUGUGGUGAUGUUGGUGCUUGCCUGGAAGUUGGAUGCCCAGAGCAUGGGUUAUUUCACUCUGCAAGAAUGGUUGAAGGGAAUGACCUUAUUACAAUGUGACACAACAGAGAAACUGAGAAGUUCACUAGAUUACUUGAGAUCAUUGUUGAAUGAACCCACAAAUUUUAAACUUGUAUACAGAUAUGCCUUUGAUUUUGCACGGGAAAAGGAUCAGCGCAGUUUGGAGAUUAGCACUGCUAAAUGCAUGCUCGGACUACUUCUAGGAAAAACCUGGCCACUCUUUCCAGCCUUCCAUCAAUUCCUUGAGCAAUCUAAGUAUAAAGUGAUCAACAAGGACCAGUGGUGCAAUGUGCUCGAAUUUAGCAGAACAAUUAACCUUGAUCUUAGCAACUAUGAUGAAGAUGGGGCUUUGAUAUGUUCUGGAGAGCUUGGGCAGAAUCAUCCGUGCCUGCUGACGUCUGGCGUGUUUGGUGGCAUGAGCAGACAUUUUGGCGAAAAGGCCAAAAAUUGGUUUCACAACGACGUGAAACCAGUUUGCAAGUGUCCAUUCUGACCAUCGAUGGUGGGCUGUGUUUCUUGUCAUCGGAUGUCAGGAAUCUCAUUGUAAUACAUCAGCAUAUAAUUUAUAAGGCUAGCCCCACCCCACAUCGUCCGCCCAUGUCGGCUUGAUUGCACGCCGACAUGUUUCACAACAGCAUAUAGAAGGCAUGCACUUGGCGACUGCACUUUGAGGAGAACUCUGAGGGCCAGUCUUAUUGGAUGAAUUUGUGGAAUGGUUUAAAGACAGACAGAUGUCCUAGCACUUUUGAUUGAGAAACAACGGCCCAACACCCAUAUUCAACAUUAGCCAUAAAAGACCCAAGAAAACAGAUUUGGAAUGUGUUUUUGUUUGUGUGUUUUUCCCCCUGAACCCACCCCCCCCCCCAACCUUAAAAAAAAGAAAAUUGAGUUUGCAGAAAGCAUUAAAUAUCUACAAGCACUGUGCUAUGAACACCUAAAUCUGGUAUCAAACUUUCUUCUGAGCCUGCUUUGCAUUUUUCAAUAGGACUACAAUUAUGGUACCACAGACCACAAUGUGAUAUCUUGCUGUUGACAUUGUGAGUUCUGUGUUGUAAGCUAUUUCAUGCAGAAAGCUCUGUUUUCCAGAGGGAUUGUGAAUUUCAAUGAAAAUUGUAUUAAAUGGUUAAAAGUCUUAGAUGAAUAUUUGUUGAAAAGAUUUCUUAAUAUUAUCCAAUGUAUGUAUGCAAGUAGAACUGUUCUGUACAACUUAACUGAUGAAACUCAAAAUUAGUUUUUUUUUAAGUAUAAAUUGUUGGGCAAUGGUACAACAUUGUUUUGAUUCACUGCACCUAGCUGUGAUCUGUUGAAAUAACUAAUGCACCAUAUGGGUUGCUAACCCUAAUUUUGCCUUGUACUUCCUGGCUAAUAAGCUAGGCUGCUAUUUUUUUUGUGUGUUUUGCUUUGUGUAACUAGUUGCAAACAUUAAAUUGCCCUUUCAGUGGGCACAUAGCUUGAUAAUGUUACCAAGUUUGCACGUUUUAAAGUUAAUAGAAUAUUUGAAUGUCAAAUGUACAGACCAACUAGAAUUCAGGUAUGUGUUUAAAAUCAUGUGUAUGAUUUCCCCCCGCCCCCCCCUAAUCCCAUUUACUGAUGAGAAGUGCUGAAUCAGACUUUUUUUAAUCUGGUGUUACAGGUCAACAGCACUAAUGUAACUUUGCUGCCCUGACUUUGAUCUCAAUCCAAUGUCUAAAUCAAUGUAAUCUGUAUCAUAAUAUGACAAUGCAUUAAAGCUACCUUUUGAUCAUGUCAGCAAGUGAAAGUCUGUACAUCUAAGCAAGUGGAUUUUUGAGUAUUGCAUUUUUCUGUUGCCUUAGACAACUUCUGCCAAAGACCACGGUUAUUGCCUAUCUACCUGUACACAGUCGAGUAAUAAAAUUUGGUCACUUAAGUUGCAUCUUUCCUAUACCAAUAGACUUUAUUAUAAACUACAGUAUCUGAUUUUUAUUAACAUGGUUCAUAAAUGUCCAUUGAUUUGAGAAGUGAUGAGAACUUUUACCUGAAAUGUGACACAGUAUAGGAGGGAUAACAAAUUAUUUAAUUUAAGAUUACUAUCAACAAUAAAAUACGCUGGAAAACAAAUUAUACCAGUAAGGCAAGUAUUAUUUAAGGUUAACUUGUGUAAGGAACGACUGUUACAAAAUAAACUUUCCCUAUUAAUACUUAAAAAAGGCGUCUUGCUAAAACACAGGUUAUAGAUAGGGCCACUUUAGUGUACUGCAAUACACUUGUUUUCAGUCUGGCCUUAUAAGCUUGAUGAUAUUGUUAAUUGCACUUCCAUUAUUUUAAAUGCCUGCUAUACAGGCCAAAUUUCUAAGCUUUUAGUACUUUAGUUUUUGCUAAUCUGGUUGAACAUUAGAGUGGUGAUUUUAAAACCAUGUGAAGACAGUUUUUCAUAACUGCUAUGAAAAAUCAUUCCAGUCUUUGAUUUUUAUUUUCUUUUGUGUUUUGAAACUGAUGGGAUCAUGUUUAAUGAAAUACAGUCUUCAAUGGAAACUUUUAAGUCUCGUGUAAUUGUCACUUCUGUUUAUUCUCUCCUAAAAGCAUAUAAUGGAAAAUGAAGUUUCAUCACUUUUUUUAGUGAAAAAAGUUGACAAAAAAACUGUUAAACACCAACAGCAGAUGGAAAUGUAAGAUCACAUAAGUUUAUAAGCACAAGUUCUGUCCUCUGCAUUUCCAAAAAGCUUUUAAUUUCUAAUUCCGUUUUAAGAAUCUAAUUGUACAGCAUAGAAAAUUGAAGAAUUUUGCUUUUUUUCCAACCACUACAAAGAUGUACUUUGCAUAUGUUUUUGUAUUUUAGGUGGUCUUUAAUGCCAGCUCCAUUGACAAUGCUUAUUUUACUGAAUCAGAUUUUCAACCAAUAAUUCACAGUCUAUUUAAUGUUGCUUGGAAUGUGACAUACUUCAUGGAGUUAUUGACAGAUCUUAAUUUCUUAAUGAUCAGCACUGAGCUCCUGUAGAGUAUGUUGAAGGGUAAUAAAGAUCAAUUCCAUAUAUUUGCUCAUUUUGAAAUCUGUCUAGAUAGGCCCAGCUUUUAAAGGCUUUUCCUUUAUAAGUUACUUCAUUAACUUUUUUGCAUCUGUUCUCUGCAGUUCCUACUAGAAAUGCCAGAAAAUAGUAUUAUUAAGACAAAUUAAUAGUUGGAGCAGUGUAUACAUUUGUAUAUGGAAGGUUCCCUGUUCACUUGUGCUGCAGUUACAUUUUGUACUUUGAUUUAACUUGAUUUUAUGUCUUGCUUUGUCAAAAGUUUAAAAUGAAAAAAUGUCAUCUCAAUUUGAAGUUGCCUGUUGAAAUGCUUGCAUAAUGAUGAAUACCUGUGUAAAAGGAUAAUAACCCACUUCUAGCACUUAUUUUGUGAAGGAUAUUGGAUAGCUUAUGUUUUAUUCAUUUUCAGCCAUUGCAGACUUGGAAGCCCUUUACAACUAAUGUUCUACAAGAACCAUUACAUUACAUCAUGGUAUGUUUGUUCAUUUUAUUUGUUACCUGAAAUGCAUUUCAGUCCAGAACAUACAGAAGCUGCUUUUUUGACCGAUUAGCCAAAUUGGGUAUUAUGUUUAUAUCCAUCCAGGUGAGCCAAAUUGGGUAUUAUGUUUAUAUCCAUCCAGGUGAGCCAAAUUGGGUAUUAUGUUUAUAUCCAUCCAGGUGCAGUAAAACCUGUGUAAACUCGCACUUUAUGGGUACAUGCAAAGGAGGAUUCAGUAAUUUUAUAAAUGAGAAGAACCCCAUGAACUACUGAGUCUUCACAUGGUUUCCUACAGCUGCAGUGUCUGAUUCACUGACCUGCAUAAUUAUAAAUUAUCUGAUACUUUAUAUCAGUUCUUCAGAAAUGAAAUCUGAUUGCCUGUUAAUGAUUUGAGUGAUGUCUACGUUAUUGCGUGUAGAUAAAUUAAAUGUAGCUUUCACUAAUAUAUCAUGAGUUUUUAAAAUGGAGAUUUAUAGAAUAUCAUUAGUAAUAAAUCUUCCGCACACCCAGAAUACACCAGAACAUGCUAUAAUAGAUUGCAUCUGUUUUUAAAAGUGCAGUAAUUUUCAAAUGAUGGCUAAGCAGUUGGACAUUAAAAAUUAAAAACCAUAAUUGCUUUGUGAUUUUUUUUUCAGGCAGAUCCACGAAAAGGAUGUUAUAUUUUGUGGUUCCCUUUUAAUAAUUCUGUUCUAUACAUUUUUUUGUACAUUUUUAUUCUGUUCUGUGUGUAGGUAUUUUUUUGGGGGUUCAGUUCUUUGGAAUGAUGGAGUAAUUGCCAACUAGUUUAAAAUAAUCAAAUACAAAAUGUUCUCUGCACUGUUUAGUCACACAAUCAAUGUUAAGCAUGUCAAGGGCACAACAAGAACUUUUCAAAUAAGUAAGUGUUGCUCCCAUUCUUGAAAAUGUUUUGUAAUUUUAAAGUUUUCCUUCAAUUGUAAAGACGACUUGUUAGCUGGGUGCAUUUGUUUCAAAUGUUGAGCUAAGCUUGUUUUUCAUUUUGUUAGUGCACAGUAUCUGUAUUGCCUUAGUGUUAUUAAAUAAUGGCUAAAUGAAAAA